AUGGCACUACUUAACUCCGAGGAUGAGCAAACUUACUUUUGGUUGCUUGACAAAUUUAUUGAAUGCCAAAAUCAUGUAACACCAAAAGUUGUGGUGACAGAUGGAGAUGGAGCUAUCAAAAAUGCUGUCUUGAAGUACUUCCCAAAUGCAACUCAUUGGUUGUGUGCGUGGCACCUGUGUACCAACACUUUAAAAAUUUCAAAAGACCCUCGAUUCUUACAAGGAUUUCAAGAUGUCAUGUACAACUAUUACACAAUAGAGGAAUUCAUGCAAAAAUGGGGGGAAUUAAUACACAAUUUUGACCUCUAUUCUAGCCAAUGGUGCACCAACACUUAUCACAGUCGUCGUUCAUGGGCAGAGACAUACCUAAGAGGGAAAUUUGUCGCCGGAAUGCGGACCAACCAAAGAUGUGAGUCUAUGAAUUCAAGUAUUAAAAAAUUCCUACAUGCAAGUUAUAGUCUCCGUGAAUUCGUUACCUCGAUUGACGUUGCUAUGACAAAGUUGAGGCACGUCGAGAGAGAAGAUGAUUACAAUAGUCAACACAGUAGUCCUCCAAUACCAGGUCCCAAAAAUGCUCUUAAGACGUACCAUGAGCAGUGUGCCAAAUUGUACACUAGAAAUAUGUACUAUAAAGUAGCUGAUCAAAUCAAAGCGGAACAUGCGUACUUUGUCAACAAUUGUGAAGACAAUGGUGAAUCAUUCUCCUACAGUUUUUCAAAGUUCCAACACGAGGAUAAAGUGUACAACGUUCAUUACCACCCACAAGAGGAGACAUUCACCUGUCACUGCUUGCUUUUUGAGACAGACGGCUAUCCGUGUAGACAUAUUUGGGCCGUAAUGAAAUACCGUCAUAUGAAGAUAGUACCACAGUCUCUCCUGCUGAAACGGUGGAGUAAGAAUGCAAAAGCAGACCUCCCCCUCGAACUAAAGCAACACUCCACAGAAAAGCAACAGUUAUUUGAAAUGGCUAGGCAGGCAUCCCUCGCUUUGGAUACAAACUUGUUGAGCUAUUACGCUUCCAAGUCUGAGCAAUCUUACACCAAAGCGAAACAAGAAGUGGCAACACUAACUGCAAUGUUCAAGGAUGCAGUUCCAUUGGAAUCAAACACCGGUGACAAUGACUCGGGACGAUAUCAAACCUAUCAAGAAAAUGAAAACAUUACCAGGGACCUAACACCUUGUAGACCUAAAGGAUCCGCCUAUGCAAGAAACAAUAGGGACAAUGUUACGAUAGAUAUGUCAGAUGGAGCCGUUAAAACUAAAAGGAAGUGUUCGAACUGUUAUUCUGCAGACCACAAUCGAAGAACAUGCCCUCAGCUGGCCGGUCUACCGCUUCCUCACGGUCAACAACCCUCACCAAGUAAGAGAGCUUAG